UGGAUUUUGGAGAGAUUGAAGCAAGACACUCAGAAGACUUGAACUGCAAAAGACUGAAUGAAGCCAUGAGGGUGAGACAGCCGCUGUCCUCAGCCUGCAAGCUGAUGACGCACUACAACCUGGACCGUGAGGUCCAAAGAAUGGCUGCAAGGAUAGACUUGCUGAUGGACAGCCACAUCUUCCAGAUCUUCUGGGAAGAAGCUGCAGAGUCAUUAAGCCAUCCCCAAGGAGAAUCUGAAAGACGAACCCUUGCGCUUUUAGAGGCCUAUGAGUACUUGUACUCGCCUUGUUACCAGAGGUUCAUGAAACUGUAUCAGGAUCUGAAGUCAGGAGAGAUCACCUUUGGAGAAAUUAAUGUCUUCUUCAAGGACUUUGUAGAUAAAUACAAUGACCUGACUUUAGACCUCCAGAUCAUGUGUGAAGUAGACCCCCAGGCCCAGAGGGGUUGGAUCUCAGAGCGUGUUGAACAGAUCAAGGAGUACCAUAGCCUGCACCAGGCAAUCAGCUCGGCCAAGGUCAUCUUGCAGUUCAAAAAGGAUUUUGGAUUGACUGGUGACUUCAGUGUUAUUUACACUUUAAUAAACUUUAUUGAUGAUUUCAAGGCCACCCACCAUGAGAGACUGAACCAGAUUAGCCCACAGCUCAUCCAGGCCAAGAAGCUGUUGCAGGACAUCAAUGAGCCCCGCCUCCAGUGUCUGGAGGAGCUGGCCCUGCAGAAGGAGCUGGUCAGCUGGCUACACGACGAGCUGAGAGGCAUCACCGAGCUCCAGGUGUUUGUGGACCUGGCCUCCAUCUCAGCUGGAGAGAGCGACAUUGACGUGGACCGGGUGGCCUGCUGCCAUGAUGCUGUGCAGGGCCAUGCGUCCCUGCUGUAUAAGCUGGACAAGAAGGCAGGCUUCAGCGAGUUCAUGGAAAUUUUAAGAGAACUCUGGAAGGCUCUGCAAAAUGACCCCCAUCUGCCCAGUAAGCUGCGAGAUUCUGCUAGGAACUUGGAGUGGCUGAAGACAGUGAAGAAAAGCCAUGGGUCCAUUGAGCUCUCGUCCCUGUCCCUGGCCACAGCAAUCAACAGCAGAGGCAUCUAUGAGAUCAGGGCAUCCACAAGCGACCAGAAGAUCUCCCCAGAUGCCAUCCUGCGCCUGAUCCUCCCUGGGGGUCACAGUGGCCUGGAGCCAGAGCACUCCUACACUUUAGAAGAGCUGAAGGAUCUUUUAAACAAGCUGAUGCUGAUGUCUGGCAAGAAAGACCACAAGAAUAUGGAAGUGGAGAGGUUUUCUCAGUUAUUUUGCUAUGUGCAGCGGCUCAUGCAAGCCUUCCUGAACCUGUACUCUGCGGGAAACAUGCUGUUCCGGACCUGGACUGCCGAGGUCUACUGCUGCCCCAGGAAUGGUGUCUCCAUCUGCAUGGACUUCCACUUGGAGUUGGUAAGCCAGUUGACAGAGAGUGGGGACGUCACCCGGCUUCUGGAAGCCCUCUGCAGGCAGAUGGAGCACUUCCUGGAAGACUGGAAGGAGCUGGUGAGCAGAAAGCGCAGGGAGCACUUCUACCUCAACUUCUACACGGCCGAGCAGCUGGUCCUCCUGAGCACCGAGCUCAGGAAGCAGAGUCCCAGCGAAGCUGCCCUCAUGAUGCUGUCCUUCAUCAAAGUCAACUGCACCCCAGCUGACGUCUUAAGGGCCACCGAGGGGUUUAAUGAGGCCCCCAGACACCACGUGAGGACAGUGAUGGAAAAAUUACCUCCAUUGCAAUCCGCUGAGAUCAGCCUGGUGACCAAGCUGAGGGCCAUCAUGGAACAGUCCCUGGAGAGCAUGAGUGUCUUUCUGCCUGGCUGCCUGGACCUGGAGGCCCUGGGCCAUUGUCUGGCUCGCCUGGCCAGGAUGAGCGGGCCUCCUGUGGAGCGGUCUCUCCCCACGGGCCUGCAGGCUGGCCAGCCCAACCUGGUCUUGUGUGGCCAUUCUGAGGUGCUGUUGGCUACCUUGGCCAUCUACAUGCAGGCCCCAGGCCAGCCCCUGCCCACUUUCGAUGAGGUGCUACUCUGUACCCCAGGGACCACAUUUGAGGAGGUGGCCCUGCUCCUGCGCCGCUGCCUGGCCCCGGUUUCCCAGGGGCACAAGGUCUACAGCCUGCUGUUUGCGGACCAGCUGAGCUACGAGGUGGCCUGCCAGGCAGAGGCCUUCUUCCGCAGCCUGUGCACACAGUGUCCCCGGGAAGACUACCAGCUGGUGCUGGUCUGCGACGCGGCACAGGAAUGCUGCUACCUGCCCUCAGCCUUCAGCCAGCACAAAGUCCACCUCAUCCCCCAGGCACCCCUCCAUGCCAUCCAGGACUACCUGGCACAUCACUACCAGGUCCCGGCACAGACCCUGUCAGCGGCAGCUGUGUUCAGAGACCGGAUGUGUGUGGGGUUCGUGGCCUCGGAGAGAGCGGGAGUUGGGAAGUCUCUCUAUGUGAAGAGAUUGCAUGAAAAACUGAAAAAGAAGUUAAAUAGUGAAAAGGUGCCUUUAAAGACUGUUCGGUUGACUGACACUCAGGUGGAUGAGGGCCGCAUCCUGGGCUCCCUCCUAUCUUUCUGGGAUGCUCAGUUUCGGAAAACGCCUAUGAUAUUCCACUUUGAUGUGACUGCUUCGGUACAGAUUGGAACUUGGGUUUUUCUUUUCAAACUCCUCAUUUUACAAUACCUAAUGGAUAUAAGUGGGAAAAUGUAGCUUCGGAACCCAUGCCAUUUAUAUAUCAUUGAAAUCCCAGUAGGAAAUUCAGUACUGCCAAAGAGGUCUCCAAAGCUGAAUCCACAUGCCCCCCAGUUUAGUUUUCUUGACAUCUUCCCCAGAGUCACCUGCAGACCUCCCAAAGAAGUGAUAGCCAUGGAGCUGAGCCCUGAGAGAAGCUUCAGAGAGCCUGGAAUGGACGAGAGAGAAUUCCGCAGUGCCACUUUCCAAAGACCUUACCAAUAUUUAAAAAGAUUCCAUCAAAAACAAAACCUAGACACAUUUCAAUACCAAGCAGGCUCUGUUGAAGGUACCCCAGGGGAGUGCAUCCAGCACCUCCUCAUAUAUUGUGGGGUCAUCAACCCCUCCUGGUCAGAGCUCCAGAACUUUGCUCGGUUCCUCAACUGUCAGCUCAAGGACUGUGAGGCCUGUAUGUUCUGUAAUCCAGGCUUUACUGGAUUUACACUACCAGGCUUCAAGAAUUUUGUGGUCACCUUCAUGAUCUUCAUGGCAAGAGACUUUGCCACGCCAACGCUUCAUAUCUCUGACCAGAGCCCAAGGAAGCACAUGGUCACCAUGGAUGGGGUUGAUGAGGAAGAGCUCGCCCCCUUCACUCUCCGGAGGAGGUGGGAGUCAGAGCCUCACCCAUAUGUGUUCUUCAAUGGUGACCACGAGACCAUGACAUUCAUAGGCUUCCAUCUCCGGCCCAAUGAGAAUGGCAGCGUUGAUGCCAUCAACCAUCUCAAUGGGAAGAUAAUCAAGAAAGAUGUCAUGACAGAAGAACUAUACAAGGGGCUGUUGCUUCAGAGGGUGCCCUUUAAUGUUGACUUUGAUAACCUGCCCAGACAUAAGAAACUCUUGAGACUCUGCCAGUCACUAGGAAUUCCUCAGGCCCUUGAUCCCGAUGAAACAUAUGAGCUUACAACAGACAACAUGCUCAAGAUUCUGGCCAUUGAGAUGCGAUUCCGCUGUGGGAUCCCAGUUAUCAUCAUGGGAGAAACAGGCUGUGGGAAAACCAGGCUCAUUAAAUUCCUUAGUGAUCUGCGGCGUGCUGGUACCCAGGCUGAGACCAUGAAGUUGGUCAAGGUUCAUGGAGGAACAACCACAGCCAUGAUCCACUCCAAAGUCUUGGAGGCUGAGAAAACUGCCUUAUAUAAUAAAGACCAACACCAGUUGGACACCAUCUUGUUCUUUGAUGAAGCCAACACAACAGAAGCCAUAAGCUGUAUCAAGGAAGUCUUGUGUGACCAGACCGUGGAUGGCCAGCCCCUGGAGGAGGACUCAGGCUUGCACAUCAUAGCUGCCUGCAACCCUUACAGGAAGCACUCCCAGGAGACCAUCUGCCGUUUGGAGUCAGCUGGUUUGGGGUACAGGGUCAGUGCAGAGGAGACGGCAGACAGGCUGGGCUCCAUUCCCCUCAGGCAGCUGGUGUACCGUGUCCACGCCCUGCCCCCGAGCCUGAUUCCUCUGGUGUGGGACUUUGGGCAGCUGAAUGACACUACUGAAAAGCUCUACAUCCAGCAGAUUGUGCAGAGACUGGUGGACCACGUCAGGAUCAGCGAGGACGAGACUCGUGUGAUCACGGAAGUGCUCUCUGCCUCUCAGAGGUUCAUGAGGAACACUGAAAGUGAGUGCAGUUUCGUCAGCCUCCGGGAUGUGGAGCGCUGUGUGAAGGUGUUCACGUGGUUUCAUGGCCGCAGCGAGAUGCUCUUGGUGAAGCUGAACACCUUUCUCUGCGAGACCAGUGUCAGCAAAAAUAACUUCAGGAGAGACCCCGUCCUCUGGUCCCUGGUUCUGGCAGUGGGGGUCUGUUACCACGCCUCCCUGAAGGAGAAGGAGUCCUACCGCAGAGCCAUUUGCAGGUCCUUUCCAGAACCAUAUGACAACAGCGGGGUCAUCCUGGACGAGAUCACGCACGCACAGGAUCUUUUCCUGAGUGGGGUGCCUCUGAGGAAAACCAUAGCCAGGAACUUGGCUCUGAAGGAGAACGUCUUCAUGAUGAUCAUCUGCAUUGAGCUGAAGAUACCCCUCUUCCUGGUGGGGAAGCCUGGCAGCUCCAAAUCUCUCGCCAAGACCAUCGUGGCGGAUGCCAUGCAGGGCCAGGCCGCGCACUCCGCUCUCUUCCGCAGCCUGAAGCAGGUCCACCUGGUGUCCUUCCAGUGUAGCCCCCACUGCACCCCACAGGGCGUCAUCAACACCUUCAAGCAGUGCGCUCGCUUCCAGCAGGGGAAGGACCUGCAGCAGUACGUGUCUGUGGUGGUGCUGGAUGAGGUCGGCUUGGCAGAAGAUUCCCCCAAAAUGCCCCUGAAGGCUCUGCACCCCCUGCUGGAAGACGGGUGCAUUGAAGGUGAUCCUGCCCCCCACCAAAAAGUUGGCUUCAUAGGUAUUUCCAACUGGGCCCUCGACCCUGCCAAGAUGAACCGGGGCAUCUUUGUGUCCCGCGGCAGCCCCAGUGAGAAGGAGCUCACAGAGAGUGCCAGAGGGAUCUCCUCUUCAGACAGCCUGGUGCAGGACAGGGUCCGAGGGUACUUCGCUCCCUUUGCCAAGGCCUAUGAGAUGGUGUGCCAGAGGCAGGACAAGGAAUUCUUCGGGCUUCGCGACUACUACAGCCUCAUCAAGAUGGUCUUCGCCACCGCCAGAGCAUCUAACAGGAAGCCUUCCCCGCAGGAGAUUGCGCAGGCGGUCCUUCGGAACUUCAGUGGCAAAGAUGACAUCCCCGCUUUGGACAUCUUCAUGGCCAGUUUACCUGAGGUCAGGUGCAUGGGAGAGGUCAGCACCCUGGAGCUCAUUAAGCAGAACAUUUGUUGGGGCUUGCAAAGGGGGGCACUUGGAGAGCUGGAAGAUGCUGAGUCCCGCUACUUGCUGGUGCUGACCAAAAACUACAUGGCCCUGCAGAUCCUGCAGCAGUUAUUCUUCAGUGAGGACCAGCAGCCCGAGAUCAUCUUUGGUUCCAGUUUU